CGAAAUCUUAGGGUAAAUGGAGGAGCUCACGGAGGCAGAGCGGCGGGCGCUGCGCGGCAGCAAAUUUGCGCCGCUGCGGCAGGAUCCUGAUCGAUCGGGAAAUGCGCAGCCUAGGCUGGCUCAUCCAGGGGGAGCGCUCACCACCAACAAAGCUGCGGCAUUGGCUAAGUUCCUGGAGAGGAAGCUCAAGGAGCCUGGUAGUCUCAGCUCGCUGGAUCCAGAUAUCGUGGAGAGGGCAGUGCUCAAUGCUAAAGCCGCUGUUAAUCCAGGGAAGCAUUCCACCGGAUUGAAGAUCCGUCACGUUGCUUCUUUUUCGGACUCUGAGGAGGAAUCGAUGAAGAGAACAGCGGGGCCGAGCUCGUCGCUGUCCGUUGCUGCUCCUGUCAUAGACAAAAAGAAGAAAAACAAGAAGAAUAAGAAGGGCAAGAACAUCAUGAAGAAGAAGAAGAAAAAGCAAAAGCAAAAACAUAACAAACAGAACUAAGUCAAAGCUUGGAAAUGCAAUAGAAAACGCGGCCUACAGAAAGCUUGGACUUCGUCAAAUCUAUGAGCGCAAGCUUCCCUGGAUUUGGACCUUGUCAAUGGGUUUUUUAAGCCUGGAAACAGUCAUCAGAGGCAGCAGACACGGUUUAUGACGACUAAGUUACGAGUAACUUGGACUA